CAACAACACCCACCUCUUCAUGUACGUUCGGCGCCGACUCCGCUUGUUGGACCUCCCUGCGUGUGCAUCUCUCCCUUCCCCUGUGAAGAACGAGAGAGCUGGAAGUCCCUCAACCGGACCCCUUUCUUCAGGAACGGGUCCGUCUUGAGGGGCAUCCAUUGGAGGCAGAUUCCGUCCGUGCGUGUGCCUCCUCAUGGAGCCAUGCCGACGUUCUGACCUUGGCAUCGACACAUGGACCUCACUUGUGUGCUUGUGUGUUUGCUCAUGUAGCAUGGUGCGCAUGUCCGUUCUCGCCGAUUGCCUCAAGACCAUCUACAACGCUGAAAAGCGCGGCAAGCGCCAAGUCCUCGUGCGCCCUUCGUCGAAGGUGAUCGUCAAGUUUUUGCAAACCAUGCAAAAGAACGGGUACAUUGGCGAAUUUGAAAUCGUCGACGACCACCGUGGUGGCAAGAUCGUGGUGGAAUUGCGCGGACGCAUCAACAAGUGCGGUGUCAUCUCGCCCCGCUUCGACGUCAAGCAGCACGACAUUGAAAAGUGGAUCAACAACUUGCUGCCUUCGCGCCAAUUCGGGCACCUUGUUCUCUCCACGACCUACGGCAUCAUGGACCACAACGAAGCCCGCCGCAAGCAGACCGGUGGGAAGAUCAUUGGCUUUUUCUACUAAGCGCGUCAAGCUGGGUGGUUAACUCGAGUAAUCCCAA